AUGUCUGCUCAGCCCUCUCCCUCGACUUGUGGAACUUUCGAGAUGUUGAAAGUCGUCCUCCUCCUCAUCUCCGGCCUCGGCCUGAGAGCCAGCGCCUCUCCUGUGUUCCCUGCGACACAUCAUCUAGCGGCGAGAUACCUGGACAAUGCCGCGGACGAGGUCUUCCCCAUGCCUCUUUGCCAGGGACACCGAAUUGAAGACGCAACAAUCGACCAGGUGCAAGUCUGGUUCGGCGAGGGCUCUUUGACCUCCGCCCAACUCACUCAGUGCUACCUUGACCGGAUCGCCCAGACCAACGACUAUCUGCACUCCGUUUUAGAGCUCAACCCCGACGCUCUGAGUAUUGCCGCUGCGCUCGACGGAGAACGAGCUGCUGGAAAGUACCGCGGGCCUAUGCACGGUAUCCCCAUUCUGACGAAGGACAACAUCUAUACCCAAGACAAAGUGUCCAGCUCGGAAGGCGGCGUCGCGCUCGACGGCCAGUACUAUCCCCGAGAAGCCUUCGUCAUCCAGAAGGCUCGCGCUGCAGGAUGUGUCAUCGUCGGCCACUCCAACUUGGCCGAGAACGCUGAUCACCGAGCAACCAUCGACUUUAGCGAGGGCUACAGUCAGAGAGGCGGGCAGUCUCGCAACCCGUACAACCUCACUCAGUCUACCGCCGGAAGCUCCACGGGCUCAGCCAUCGCCGUCAAGACCAAUCAGAUCAUGGUUGCUAUCGGUACCGAGACUCACGGGUCCGUCAUGCACCCCUCCGGACAUAUCGGGGUGGUCGGUAUCAAGCCGACUGUGGGACUCACCUCCCGAUCUGGCGUUAUCCCUGGCUCCUUCUACCGCGACUCGGUCGGGACACAUGGUCGGACCGUCCAGGACGCUGCGUAUCUUCUCGAUGCCAUCUAUGGUAUCGAUCCCAGGGACAACCAGACCCUAGGACAGAUCUCGCCUCCCGAAGGCUACGCUGCGGCUGUAUCCAACAACGAUAUCCUCAAGACCGCUGUCUACGGACUCCCCUGGUUCCCCUACUGGGCAACUACCGGCGGUGUACGCUCUCCCGGGCAAUUCGACAUGUUCAUGAAGAGAAUUCAAGAGAUCAAAGAUGCUGGAGCGACCAUCAUCAAUAUCACCACCCCCAUUCCUCACAUCUACGAGAUAAGUACCUCCCUAUACGCGUCGGUCUAUGCUGACUGCCAGAUUCAAAACGCGUACGGCUGGGGAGAUGCUGUAGGUACACCCGCGAACGUCUCAUCUAACCGAGCCCUCCUUGUCGACCUCGCUGCGGGCUAUGCUGCUUGGCUCGCAGAGGCUACAUUCCCCGAGGGAGAUGAGCGUAACAACAUGUCGACCCUCGCCGACGUGGCCGACUGGAACCGGCGCAACAACGCCACGACCGGAGCACUCGGUAACAGCACCUACUGGUUCAACAAGAUCACGGGUCAAAACUACUUUGACGACGCAGCAGCUACCAAUGGCACACUCGACACUGGGUAUUGGUACGCCUUGGAAUGGAGGCGAUCUCGAGCUCGGAACGCCAUUGAGGGUGGACUGAUCCAUACCAUGGAGAAUGGCACGGUUAUCGAGCUUGACGGGCUGUUAGUUCCCAACGUCGGCGGUGGAGGUGGUUCUUCCAGCUGCUCGAGCGUUCCCGCCGCUGCUGGAUAUCCCGUACUUACCGUACCUAUGGGUCAGAAUGGCUGGGACGUACCCUCCGGAAUGUGCAUCUACGGAAAGCAAUGGGGAGAACAGAAACUCGUUCGACAUGGAUCUGCCCUUCAGGAUGUCUGGCGAUGGAACGUCAAACCGAAAUACCACAAUCUCAACACUACCAAGGUGCCCUUUGACCAGCGCUGGCCUGGCUACGCGUGUACGCCUGCGAGUCUCGAGCGGGGCAUGUGUGUUGGCGCUUGA